AUGAUAUUUGAUACUUUUUGCAAUUAUAACAUCACCCAUGAUGGCUAUUAUGAUGGUUAUUAUAUAAUAGGUCAUUUAUAAAGUUCUAUUUAUUCAAAUUGUAGUUAGAUAGGCAAUUCAGAUGAAACUUCAGUAGUUUAUAAUUUGGCUUUAAAUUAUCUUUAAGUUUAAUGCAACGGUGUUAAUUCUUGCAUAGAUUUAUCUUCUUUACACGUAUAUUAUGUAAAUAAUGAAGCAUCAUCUUAAUUGGCUGCUUUAAUAAUUGGAUGUUUUUUGGAUAUAUUAUAUAUAGCAGUAAUAAUAAAAGUUAGAAAAGCAGUAAAAUAGACAAAUGAAACAAUAGCUAAUAACGCUCUCAUCAAAGAAGUAUUAGUAGUUUAAAUUCCAAACUAAAACUAAAAUGUAAACACUUAACCUAUUUAAGUUCCACAUUAAAUAAACUCUCCUAUAAGUAUGAAUAAUAACUAACCUCUGCCCAACUAAAAUUAUUUCAACAACCAAUAAAAUAAUCUUUAUAAUUAUCCAAGCAACUUACCAUAAUAGUAAAACUUAAAUCCUGAUUAUAAUAUCACCCAUAAUGGCUAUUAUGAUGGUUAUUAUAUAGUAAGUCAUUUAUAAAGUUCUAUUUAUUCAAAUUGUAGUUAGAUAAGCCAUUCAGAUGAAACUUCAGUAGUUUAUAAUUUGGCUUUAAAUUAUCUUUAAGGUUAAUGCAAUGGUGUUAGUUCUUGCAUAAAUUUAUCUUCUUUACACGUAUAUUAUAUAUACAAUGAAGCAUCAUCUUAAUUGGCUGCUUUAAUUAUUGGAGGUAUUUUGGAUAUAUUAUACAUAGUAGUAAUAAUAAAAGUUAGAAAUGCAGUAAAAUAGACAAAUAAAACAAUAGCUAAUAACGCUCUCAUCAAAGAAGUAUUAGUAGUUUAAAUUCCAAACUAAAACUAAAAUGUAAACACUUAACCUAUUUAAGUUCCACAUUAAAUAAACUCUCCUAUAAGUAUGAAUAAUAACUAACCUCUGCCAAACUAAAAUUAUUUCAACAACCAAUAAAAUAAUCUUUAUAAUUAUCCAAACAACUUACAAUAAUAGUAAAACUUAAAUCCUGGUAUGCAAUAUUAAAAUUAGCAACAUUCAUAUCAGUAUUACUAAUGA